CAGAAAAAGGCUGCUGAGAGAGCCCGCGAGGAUGCCGGGGCUGCCUGGGCUGAGAUCACCAAGCUCAUCUGGGCGAAUCAAGAAUCGCAGCAAAAGGCUAUGGAAGCUCAGCAGGCCGCCAUGCAAGCCGCGGCAGCCGCACAGGAGCAGGCCAAGAAACUCGAAGUGGCUGCCAACGAGGAGAAGAGGAAGGUGACUGCUACUCAGGAGGCGGCUAACACAUCAAAGAAAGCAGCGAAGGAGGAAGUAAAGGUGGUCAAUGCUGUCAAGGAGGAAGCUGAACGCAAGUUGAAAGGUGGUAUUCAACCUGUCGUAACGCCCACACAUCAAGAGGUUCUCGCUGCCAAGCGGAGGGUUCAAUACCGCGAGGAUCUCUUCCACUUUGCAAUAGCCGGGGUGGCAGGUGGAGGAAAAUCAUCUCUCAUCAAUGCCUUGCGUGGCUUGCGUGAUGAGGAUAUCAGAUCUGCCGCCACUGGCGUCACCCAGACAACGCUGAACCUGGCCAGAUACGGUAACUCCAAUGCGGAAUACCCCUAUGUCUGGUACGACAUCCCUGGCGCGGGCACGCUCAAGAUCCCAGACUGGCAGUACUUCAACGCACAAGGACUCUACGUCUUUGACUGCAUCAUCGUCUUGUUCGACAAUCGCUUCACGAUGACGGACAUUGCCAUCCUCACCAACUGCAGGCGUUUCAAGAUCCCCACGUACAUCGUCCGCUCUAAGGCGGACCAGCACAUUCGUAACGUCAUGAAGGAUAUGGGGUACGACAGCGAUGAUGAUGAAAACGAGGAUCAAAAAAAGAAGCUCUAUCAGACUGCCCGGCAGCAGUUCAUUCAGCAGACCCGCCAGAGCGUCAAAGACAACCUGGAGAAUGCGAACAUGCCCGAGCAAAGGGUUUACAUCGUUUCGAAUGAAACCAUGCUCAGCGUCGUGAAGAAAAAGCGGCCGAAGAAGUUCAUUGACGAGAUUGAGCUGUUGAAUGACUUGGUCGAGGAAGCCCAGACUAGGCGAGCGCACCGUGAUGCUGAAGCAGCGGCUACUACGAAGGACUAA